UCCUCCGCGCCGCCCGACUUCCCGGCGGCCCCGUGCGGCCCGGGCAUGCCCAGUGCGGGCGCAGCGGCCCCGGCCCUGGGAGCGCCCGGGCGGAGCGGGCGGCCGGGCGCGGAGGAGCCGAGCGGCCCCGCGGAGCGCCAGGGGCCGGGCGGGCGCAGCGGCGGCGGAGCUGCCGGUCCUACAUGAUGAGAGAUUUUGGGGUGCUUCUCUCUCCUCUGUGUAGUCGAUAGUUGGGGUGGUGAAGAGAUGGCUGACAGUGUCAAAACAUUUCUCCAGGACCUGGCCAGGGGAAUCAAAGACUCCAUAUGGGGUAUUUGCACCAUCUCAAAGUUAGAUGCUCGAAUCCAGCAAAAGAGAGAGGAGCAGCGCCGAAGAAGGGCAAGCAGUGUCCUGGCACAGAGGAGAGCCCAGAGCACGGAGCGGAAGCAAGAGAGUGAGCCACGUAUUGUUAGUAGAAUUUUCCAGUGUUGUGCUUGGAAUGGUGGAGUAUUCUGGUGUAGUCUCCUCUUAUUUUAUCGAAUGUUUAUUCCUGGGCUUCAGUAUGUAACAGCCCUAAUUAUCGGUGAUCCAUCACUGCAUGGAGUUUUUUGGUCCUGGCUGGAAUUCUUCCUCACGUCAAUUUUCAGCGCUCUCUGGGUGCUCCCCCUGUUUGUGCUGAGCAAAGUCGUAAAUGCCAUUUGGUUUCAGGAUAUAGCUGACCUGGCAUUUGAGGUAUCAGGGAGGAGACCUCAUCCAUUCCCCAGUGUCAGUAAAAUAAUUGCUGACAUGCUUUUCAACCUUUUGUUGCAGGCUCUUUUCCUUAUCCAGGGAAUGUUCGUGAGCCUCUUCCCUAUCCAUCUUGUUGGUCAGCUGGUUAGUCUCCUUCAUAUGUCCCUUCUGUACUCACUAUAUUGCUUUGAAUAUCGUUGGUUCAAUAAAGGAAUUGAAAUGCACCAACGGUUGUCAAACAUAGAAAGGAACUGGCCUUACUACUUUGGCUUUGGUUUGCCGUUGGCUUUUCUCACUGCAAUGCAGUCCUCAUACAUUAUCAGUGGCUGCCUUUUCUCCAUCCUCUUUCCUUUAUUCAUUAUCAGCGCCAAUGAGGCAAAGACCCCUGGAAAAGCAUACCUCUUCCAGUUGCGACUCUUCUCCUUGGUGGUCUUCUUGAGUAACCGACUCUUCCACAAGACAGUGUACCUGCAGUCUGCCCUGAGCAGCUCAACCUCUGCAGAGACGUUCCCUUCGCCACAUCCAUCUCCUGCCAAACCGAAAGCUGCUGCAGGCCACUGAGCUCCCUGCCACCCAAAGGGGGUGGGUGGGAGGGGAGGGAGGCUGCCAAGGGCCUUCUGCAUAUUCACUUCUCUCUGAGGAAUUGGAAGGUUUGUCUCUGGUGCACAUGAGGCAGAAUCUUCCUGACAUUAAUGUGUGGAUUCUUAACACCACCUGAGUCUGAAAGGACCACAGGUUUUUCUGCAGCUAUUUUCUAGCCUUUGCCAUCCCCUGUGCUGUGCCUGGAUUUCGUUUUGUCCCUGUGCUAUUUACCCUCCUCCUUUCCUGCCUUCCACCACCCUUGGAUGAAUGGGUUUUGUAAUUCUAGCUGUUGUAUUUUGUGGAUUUGUUAUUUUUGUUGUUUUUCUGUGAAGCACAUACAUUGGAUGUGGGAGGUAAAGGAGGAUCUCAGUUGCUCCUGGUCACUCCUGUUUUAGCCAUCACUGUCUUGUUUCUUGUAACUCAGGUUAGGAUUUGGUCUCUCUUGCUCUACUGCAAAAAAAAAAAAAAAAAAAGAAAAAGAAAAAAAGAGCCUGAAGAGAUGAAGAGAUGAGUGGGACAGGAGGAAAGACCUCACAGCCCGACCCUCUAGGUUUUGGAGUGAUUUUUUUUCUUCCCCAUGAAGGGGAAAAAGCUUAUUUCACUGGUACAUUAUAGCCCCUCAGUUUGGGGAGGUACCAAUUUUGGCAAGUGCCACUGCAACACAAUACUCAGAGACCUGAACUUUUAAACUCUGGGGGAACAGAAAUUUAUGGUUGGCCACUGCCGGGUCUGUCUGGUAUUGCAGAGGAAUAUCGGGGGCUGCAAAUAGGAACUGAAGGGGUAAACUUACUAAACCCAUGGCAUCCUGUGAUUGGUUGGUAUUCCUGUUAUGAGAGACUAAAUAUGGGGCUAACGUCAAAAUACUUGUACAAUUUUAAAAUUUCACAAUUAAACGUGAGCUGGUUUCCCACAAAGCGUGUAGUGGUUGAAUUUACAGAUUAUGACAUUGAGAAAUGUAUUUGUGGAACACAAAACUUUCUGUCAGGUAAUUUAGUUACAGUUUUCAGAGAUUUUCCAUGAAACACGUUCCUUGAGAAAGUUUGGAUUCUAUGAUUAUAAACAUGUUUACAUUUGUGAACGACUCUGGGAUUGCUGAGUUUUUUGUUCUAGUCUAUAUGUCCAUCUGUACCAUGUAUUCAUGAGGGAGAUGGACUCUUCUAGAUUCCAGUGUAUUCAACAUUCCAUUAGUCAAGGGGAGAGAUCAAGCAUUUGAUUAAAAGAAACCUUUACUGGGUGGCACCCGUAGCUCAGAGGGUAGGGUACCAGCCAGAUAGACCCAGGCUGGCCUGUUCAAACUCAGCCCGGGCCAGCUAAACAACACUGACAACUGCAACAAAAAAAAUAGCUGAGCAUUGUGGCAGGCGCCUGUAGUCCCAGGUACUUGGGAGGUUGAGGCAGGAGAAUCACUUAAGCCCAAGAGUUUGAGGUUGAUGUGAGCUGUGACGCCAUGGCACUCUACCGAGGGUGACAUAAUGAGAUUCUGUCUCAAAAACAGAAAACCCCAAAAACCUUUACUAUGUGCGAGAUGAAAUGUGGGAUUAAAAAAAAAUUGGUGUUGGCAGUUACAAACCAAGUUUGAAGUGCUUAUGCAAUUGAUGGAAGGAGGCUUUUAAAACAGUGGGCAUCUGGCUCGGCACCUGUGGCUCAAGCGGCUCAGGUGCCAGCCACAUACACUUGAGCUGGCGAGUUCGAAUCCAGCCCUGGCCCGCCCAACAACAAUGAUGGCUGCAACCAAAAAAUAGCCGGGCAUUGUGGCGGGCGCCUGUAGUCCCAGCUACUUGGGAGACGGAGGCAGGAGAAUCGCUUGAGCCCAGGACUUGGAAGUUGCUGUGAGCUGUGAUGCUAUGGCACUCUACCUAGGGCGACAGCUUGAGGCUCUGUCUCAAAAAAAAAAAAAAAAAAAGAAGAAAACCAGUGGGCAUCUUUGAAGUGAUCAUGGUUUCUAGCUUGUGCACAAAAAAUCGUAAGACUGGGCGAUGCCUAUGACUCAACAGACUAGGGCGCCGGCUGGAGGUGGCGAGUUCAAACCCUGCCCCAGCCAAAAACUGCCAAAAAAAAAAAAAAAUCUUAAAGGCAAUUUGAAAUAGGAUUUACUUUCAGUAUUCCCCUAUGGCAUCUCUGGUCAUUUGACAAUAGUAUUGCACAGAACUACUUCCAGGUUGCUUUGGGAGUGGUUUGAAGAAGACCUUAGUAUUUCGUCAGUUUGUAACUGAUCAGUAGUUUCCUUGUUUAAGCUUAGUUUUUGAAACUCAGGUUUAAAAAUAACAUUAGUUAUUUAAGUAGCCACCUCUUUACUGCCUAAAAUUUGUGUUUGAACAUGUAGAAGCAUUUCAGUUUAGAAGGGUGAGGGAGGUUGAGGGGAUGAAGGAACAUGAUUUUAUACUUGGCACUGUGCCUGGCUAUUGAAACUACCUGAAGUUUAAGUGACUACUUGAGGAAUCACCAAUGUUUUAUUAGUGUAAUUAAGAGGCAAACCCUGUAUAAAGUCUAAAUUAGGUAUAUCUAUAUUAAUAGAUAAGAUACAUGGUAACACUCUGAAAUGAUCAGUGCACACAAAACAAUUUUUUUUGCCUUUUACUAGGGUAUGGGCACAGAGAACAGUGAUUAGGAAAUUGGUAUUGAAGAGAGACUAGGUUCUGAUUUUACUAAGUUCAGAAUGGCAGUUUGAGGCAGACUAAUAAUUUGUAACCAGGCUUGGCGCCUGUAGCUCAGUGGCUAGAGUGGCAGCCAUGUACACUGGAGCUGGUGGGUUUGAACCUAGCCCAGGCCUGCCAAAUAAUAAUGACAACAAGAACCAAAAAAUAGCCGGGCAUUGUGGUGGUCACUUGUAGUCACAGCUACUUGGGAGGCUGAGGCAAGAGAAUCGCUUAAGCCCAAGAGUUUGUGGUUCCUGUGAGCUGUGAUGCCAUGGCACUCUACCCAGGGUGACAGCUUGAGACUGUCUCAAAAAAAAAAAAAUCCAUUAAAAAUGAAAAAUAAAUCCAAGAAAUAGAAAUAUGUCUUAUUAAAGCACUGGAAUCUGUAAGUGCAUUGCGGGGAAAGCCCAGUAAUACAGCUUUGUAGCACACUUAGAGGUGGGUUCUACCAAAAAUGAGUUCCAGGAAGAACAUGCUCAGAUACUGGUUAACUCUGGUACGCUACAGAUGAGAUGAAGACUUUUUUUUUAUUUCUGGAGGCAGUCUUGGAUAGAGUGCAGUGGCAUAAUCAUAGCUCACUGCAACCUCAAACUUCUGGGCUCAACUGAUUUUGCUGCCUCAGCCUUCCAGUACUGGGACUACAGCAUGUACUACCCAGUCUGCUAUUUUUUUCUAUUUUUAGUAGAGACAGGGUCUUGAUCUUGCUCAGAGUGGUCUCCAACUGCUGGCCUCAAGUAAUCCAAAGUUCUAGCAUUACAGGUGUGUGCCACCAUACCCAGCCUCCAUGUAGUUCUUUUGAUCAAAGAUACAGAAGAAAAGUAAAUCAACAAUUCAGGAAAGACAAAAAGCUCUACAAGAAAGUCAUGAUUCCUAGAAGGCAUUCUUUUAAGUAACUGAUAGAAUAAGUAAAAAGAGUGAUUUCUGAAACAAUUGAGGUCAGAACUUAUGGUCUGGCAAGUCAGGAGAGUGGAGGAUUAACUGAUACACUAAAUUCAUGUAAAAUCUCUAGGUUUAUUUGUAAUAAUUAUAACAAUACAGGUGGCCAUAAGUUUAUGUAUUUCUGACAUAUUUUCCUUACUUUGAUUUUAUUUAUAGAUAAGCCUUUCUUCAUAACUGGCAUCAAAGACUCAUCCUUGGCUGGGAGCAGUGACUUGUGCUUGUAAUCCUCGCACUCUGGGAAGCCAAGGUGGGUGGAUUGCUUCAGCUCACCAGCCUGAGCAAAAGUGAGACCCUGUCUCUACUAAAAAUAGAAAAACUGAGGCAAGAGGAUCGCUUGAGUCCAGGAGUUGGAGGUUACUGUGAGCUAUGAUGCCAUAACACUCUACCCAGGGUGACAGCUUGAGACACUGUAUAAAAAAAAGGACUCAUCCUUAAAUAGGCUUAGAUUUUAGAUUCUGUUCAACAGUAUAUUUUGAUUUUUUAAAAUUUCAGAUUAAUGUGAGGGUACAAUUAGGUUACAAUGUUUGCAUUUGUUAGGUAGAGUUCCCCACCGAGUAUAUUUUGACUUCUGAGAAAGUUGACUUCAUCACUUAGAACUUAACAUAUUCCCUUUAAGAAACGUUCAAUAAUUUAAUUAACGAGAACCCCAACAUCUUAACAUUUUUCUGUAAAUCUUUCUACCAUGAUUGCAUUAAUGUACACAGCUAUGAUUUAAUAAAAAAAUCUAAUUUUAAUACCCUCCCCUCUUUGUAAAGAGAAAACUCUUGCUUUGCAGAAGCAUUUACUUAAAGUUCUGUAUUGCCUUCCGGUUCAGCUUCAGUUGCCUUCUGUUAAAGUUACACUGAAUAUUUAAAGUCAAAAUUUUAUUGAAUCAUAAUGUUCUGAGAUGAGCCUGGUUAUGUGAAUUUUUUAAAAAACACCCAUGAUUUUAAAGCACUGAUUUAAAUAAUGUGCUUUCAUUAAGUGUAAUCAGUUCACUUCACUGGACAGUACAAGGGAAGGUGAGUGGUGCUCGCACCAUAUUUGAACAGUUGCUGGAUGUCCCAUUCUCUUUUGCGUAGCCUUUGCUUACUGAGACAAGAAUCAGAGACGACGGAAUUGCUGCUCAAACAUCCGUCCUCUUCCCUUCGCUCAGCAAUGUUUUUCUUUUUUCCGUGGGGGAGGACAGGGGGCAGAGAGGCAAGUAGGGAGAGGAGGCAAGGGUAGGGAAAGCAGCUCUUUCUGGCAGGUAUGGGUAUGGCGGGGUUGCCUCCCGAUACCCUCGAUGAAUCCCGUCUACCGCUAGGGAGGAGACCUUUGUCUCAGCUGGGCGGGGGCGAUGCUUCCAGCUUCACCCCGCCAGUCCCUUCAGGCUUUUGCACGCUCUUUCACCACGCCAGGGGCUGAAGACAAGGAAGUGCCCGGUGAAAUCUGUCAGGUUCCCAGAUCUACGAGUUACCGGAGUACAGCAGCUAACAGUCAUCUCCGGAGCCAAAGGUCACACACAUCUGUACAAGAACGGAACCGUCUGGACCACGUAGCAUUUGAGUUUUCUUUGAGAACAGGCGGUAAAUUCUUCCGUCCUCUCCUUUCACCUUAUAUUCUAUAAUGAUCAAUUUCUACCUUACAAAAAAAAAAAAUUCCUCAAAAACGAAGACGAACGACUUCACAGCAGAUGUGAGGUAUCUGCCUAUUCCACUGCAGCGCGGUUUCCGCUUCCGGUCAUGUGACCCGCCAACGGGUCCACACGUUCCCACCGCUCCGGCUGCUCAGUCC